UAAGAAGUGAAAGUUUUGUUUUUGUUGUAGCGUGGCGUGGCACUACUUAAUCGGAUCGGAAAUUCUGUUUUGUUGAAGAAAUGGCAGAUUCGAAGAGCAUUAUUGAAAAGCAAAAGGAACAGCUGCUGAGAUAUGAAAAGCGAUUGAAAGAUGUUGUGACUGCCUACAAAGGGCUAUCGAAAGAAAAAGAGGCUUUGGAGGCUAGUUUGAAAGUGCUAGCGGUCGAAAAGUCUGGCGGAAAAGGCAACAAUGCGGAAAAAACUGUGGCUGACCAGAAGCAGCUGAAGACUCUGUCCGAGUCUCUGGCCGUGCUAACUGCAGAAAAAUCUCGGAUGGAAAUGAAUUUUCAAGCUGAUAAAAAAAAGCUUUUAAAUGAAGUCGAACAACUCCAGCAACGUAUCAGAGGACUAGCAGAAAAUGAGCAAACCUUAAAGUACGAAAAUGACAACCUGAAAGCUAAACUGACCAUUGAAAAACACGACCGACUGCAGGAACAAGAAAAUUUGCAUGUCCUCAUUCAAGAAAAACAAGAUCAAUACGAGGAAAGAGUUGCUUCACUCGAGGCAAAGUUGACGGAGCUUUCUGUGGUUGUUGGGGAAUACGACCGCCACCGAAAUUUAGACCAGCAGGCCAUCCAGAUUUUAAAGGACCAAAUUUCCGAGCUGGAAAACCGAGCGCACGUUGUGGUCAGCGAAAUUAGCGAAAAGCAGGACCGAUCUCCCAAACAAAACAGUGAUGAAAGCAGUUACGAUAACUCUGAACUUCAUGCCACCUGCCGGGAACAGUACGAAUCAGCGAUGAGAGAACUCGAGCACCUCAAACAACUACAGACAUUCCAGUCACUUAGAGGCUCUAGAUCGGACGAGAGCAAUGCCGAGCUGGACAAGCUGCGUUCCCAGAACAGAAAUCUGCAGGAACGUGUCAAUUCUCUGACUAAGAAACUGACCCAUAGUGAAAACGAAAUCCACCUUGUCCGUCAAAGCAAGAAGCAGGUGGCCGAGAGAGAACGAGAAAAGUAUUCGGCUGAGCUGAGUGCCAUCCGGAAGCACCAAGACAGUCAAAUCACCGAGCUGGAGGACCAAAUUCGACAGCUGCGUGAGCGGUCGCUCAAAAUCCUUGAAGAGAAGGAUGUGGAAAUCGGAAAAUUGAGGAAUGCCUUGAAAAAUCUGUCCCCAAGCUCAGUUCUGGUUGGUGAGUUGAAGCAAUCGGUGGACCCAGAACUGCUCGCCGAAGCGGCUGGGGGCGACGGUGCCCCGCAGCUGUUCCACUUCUCCCAGGAAAACGCGAGGAACCUGGUUGAAGCGACGUCGCUGCGAAAGCAGAAUUUCAAGCUGGAAAGCGACGUGCGAGAGCUGCGCAGGAAACUGGCCUCGCUCGAGGUCACGAAAAACGACGAGAUAAAAUGUCUGCAGAGUGAAAUCGAAAGGUUGUCCCUGGGCAAGUCGAGGGAAGGAGCGAACCUGGAGUACCUGAAGAACGUGGUGAUGAGGUACCUGACGUGCGUCGACGACAGCAGCAAACGCCACAUGCUCUCCGCCAUCUGCACCGUCCUCAGAUUCAGCAGAGACGAAAUCAAAACUGUUAAUAAAAUUUAUAAAAAGUGAUUUUGGUAACACAGAGAUGAAGUUUUUCGGUUGUUUAUUGUGAUGCACGUAACUGCGAAAAUUAUAUUUUAAAUUGAAAUAGGAAAUUAUUCAGUUGCAGAAUUGGCUAACUGCGUGCGCUUGCUUGAUUGUGAUAAUAUAAAUUAUGACGAUAAAGUAUUAAAUUAACUGAAA